CAAUUUAUUCACUACCUAUUUGUAUUCCUACGCAGUCCAAAAUUGAAAUAGCCUCUAUGAUUGAAUGAUGGGAUCAUCAUCAAAACCAAUUAUUAGAGUUCCCGAAUUUCUCAUCAUCUUCUUCAUAAUUGUUCUGAUCAUCAGUUUCAUCAGAAUAAGUACUUCUCAGGGACCAACCUUCGUUGGAGAUGACUGCCAUAACAGAUCUCAACAAGUCCUUACAGCGUCCUACAAAGCCAACCUUAACCAGCUCCUCUCAUGGCUCUCCACUGACGCAGCCACAAGCAAAGGCUACAACCAUACCUCCAUCGGCACCGCCACCAAUGCCGUCUACGGCCUCUAUGACUGUCGCGGUGAUGACGCCGGAUACUUCUGCCAGUUCUGUGUCUCCACUGCCACUAGAGAGGUUCUUCAACGUUGCCCCAGUCAAUCUUCCGCCGUGAUAUGGUAUGACUUCUGCAUCCUCCGGUACUCUAACAAGAACUUCUUUGGGAACGUGACAACAAGCCCGUGGUGGUAUGCUGCCGGAUCAAAGACGGUAUCAGAUCUGACGGAGGGGAAGAAGGCGGAGAGUUUCAUGAGGGGUCUAAUCGUAAAGGCGAUGGAGAACACGACGGAGUUGGGCUCCAGGGGAGAGUUUGAUUUGGGUGGUGGGAAAAAAAGGUAUGCAUUGGUUCAGUGUAGUAGAGACCUUAAUACACAAGGUUGUAGACGAUGUUUGGAGGCUAUGGUGGACAAGGUUGCCCAGUGUUGUGAGCAGAAGCUAGGAUGGCAGGUUUUGGCUCCAAGUUGUCUAAUUAAGUACGAUGAUUACAUGUUCUAUCAGGCAUCCUCUUCUCCAAAUCCUAAUUCUCCCACAGCCCAUGACGGUGAUAGCAAGUCAAAAGUCAUUAUCAUAAGCGUAAGUCUAUCAGUGGCCAUAGCUAUAUUAAGCUUCUCUAUCUUCAUCUUCUGGCGGACGAGGACUUCUAGAAAAGAUGAUAUGCCGUUGGAGAGCACUCCAAUCUUUUACAAUCUAUCUGAAAGAGAGACUUCAUUGAACACAGACCUUCCCACAAUCCCUUUACCUGUGAUUCAACGGAGUACCCAUCAAUUUUCAGAAGCAUCUAAAUUGGGAGAAGGUGGAUUUGGUCCCGUUUAUAAGGGGACAUUGCCAGAUGGGAGGGAAAUUGCUGUGAAAAGACUUUCACAAAGUUCAGGUCAAGGCUCAGAAGAGUUCAAAAAUGAAGUGAUAUUCAUAGCAAAAUUGCAACAUAGAAAUCUUGUCAGACUCUUGGCUUAUUGUAUAGAGGAAAAUGAAAAGCUACUUAUAUAUGAGUAUCUGCCUAAUUCUAGCCUUGAUUUCCAGCUUUUUGAUGAAGAGAACAGAAAAAAAUUAGGUUGGAAGCAAAGGCUAAAUAUUAUUAAUGGAAUUGCAAGAGGACUUUCAUAUCUCCACGAAGACUCUCGACUUAGAGUAAUUCACAGAGAUUUGAAAGCUAGCAAUGUCCUUUUGGACUAUGAGAUGAAUCCUAAAAUAUCAGAUUUUGGAUUAGCAAGAACUUUUGAAGGAGCACCAAGUCAAGGAAUAAACACCGGCAGAAUAAUGGGCACUUAUGGAUAUAUGGCUCCAGAAUAUGCUAUGGAAGGAUUAUUUUCAGUGAAAUCAGAUGUUUUUAGCUUUGGAGUUCUUCUUCUUGAAAUCAUAUGUGGAAAAAGGGUUAGAUCUUUCCAUUUCUCUGAACAUCAGCAAAGUCUUCUAAUUUAUACAUGGAGUCUAUGGUGUGAUGGAAAAUGUUUGGAACUCAUGGAUCCAAUGCUGAAAGAUUCAUACAUAGAAAGUGAAGUUUUGAAGUGCAUACACAUCGGUUUACUUUGUGUCCAAGAAGAUGCAAAAGAUAGACCAACCAUGUCCACUGUUCUAGUCAUGCUCGCAAGUGACACAAUGACCUUUCCCAAGCCUAAUCAUCCUGCAUUUUCAAUUGGAGGAAUAAGCCAUGAAGAUUCAUCUACCUCAAAAAAUUCCAAAGAUCCUUCCAUUAAUAAGGUAACAGUGUCUCACAUAAUGCCAAGGUGACAAAACCAAUCUUAUUAUAGAAGACAUAUCUCCUCUACAAUGACAGUGUUUUGAUGAAGGGAGAGAUAGAGAGUGAUUAGGCCCAUCAAACCUCAAGAUUAUAUUCCAUCGUGAUGAGGAACUGAUAUCUAAGGUUUUGACAAAUUAUAGAAUGAAUCAAUUAAGUUGUUCAUACCUACGUUUAUUGAAGAAUUUGUGAAAAGAGAAGGGACCUUUUCUUUUCUUUUCUUUUUAUUUCUUUAGGCUAAAUUAAUUGUAUGGGAAUUAUCCGCAUAAACAUAAAAGUUUUAGAGGGUUCAUUGUAAAAUUUCAAAAAUUAUGAGAUUAUCUAUCUGAAAUUCAAGAAAAUUAUGUACUA